AUGGUGCCUCUUUGGGUGCUUCUCACUGCGCCCUCGUUCGGCCUAGUUUCGGCUUCUUGCUUUUCCGAUCAUAUCCCUGAGGGAGAGCGCAAGAACCUGGUGAAUGGCGAUGGAUCGUCUUACCCCGUUGGACAUUGGAUCAACACCUGGGAGGCUGGCUUGGCCGCAGCGGAAGUGGUCGACAUUCUGCUCAAGGAGAAGCUGGGCUACAAUGUGACCCAGAAGUUUGGAUCGAACACUGUGGAUGGUUUCUAUGCGCUCGCGGGGUGCUGCAUGCCGACGAAUGGCACCGAUCGCGGGUGUGGGUCCGACAUGACCACGCGCGCGCACCUCUCGGUGGAAGGAUGGACCGCAGGCUAUCGCCACGUUUGGGACGAGAUCCAAGAAGCUUACCCGGCCACAGCUCCAAGGAAUCUUGGCAACAUGGGUUAUCGAGGAACCUCCACCGUUUUCAUUGCCAGAGCCGUGCAGGAGUUGGCCUAUGCCAGUGAAGGCCAGUCAUUGGACUUUUAUCGCGACUACAACGUUGCAUGGAGAGAUCCAGCGAAGUACUUCGCACCGAUCUCUCAGCUGGACACUUCAAAGCUACAUCCGUGUGAGGAUACAUUGCUGCUCAACACCGCAAUGAUGAAGCAAUAUUUACAGGUCACGGGAGACGACGAUGGAGUCAUCAUUCAAGGGAAUGGAGACGUGCACGGCCGUUGCUUCGAUGGUCACUUCUGGCGUUCUCCAGCCUGUCGCAACAACGCAUCGGCUUGCCUGGUGCAUCUCACGGCGGGAUCUGGAUGGGGAGGUGACGAGUUCAUGAUGAAGGCGACAGCCUUCAGCACCCCCAUUGCAUGGGCUGUGGCAAAGACUUGGGGUGACUACACGACGAUCCCCAAGGAUCUCAACGUGAGCUUCUUCUGGUGGACGCCAGACCCGACCUUCUUGAGGCUUACACCUGUGGGCAUUCAAUUUCCUCCACAUGACGCGAAGGCUUGGAGCAUCAAUGAUAAGACUUCGCAAGCCGUUGAACUCUCAAUUGACAAGUACAUCAGCAAGGACCUGGCGUCUUUGGCUCCGGACAUCGAGGAGUUCCUGAAGGCCUUUCUACUGGACAUCAAAGAUAUUGACGGCAUGAUGCUCAAGCGAAUGAACUUUGACCUCACUCACUUUGACGCAGCUUGUGAUUGGCUACAUGCCAACAAUAUGACUUGGCAAAAGUGGCUUCCCGACAAGACUGAAUGCUUUGAACGCUUCGGCCUGUACAAUGAGCGGCAAGACGCGCAUGUGGAGAGCCGGUCUGACCCUACAGACCUCGUGUGCCGAGCAUGCCCACCGGGCACCAGCUCCCAAAAGCUGGAGGACACUGACGGCACCACCUUCAUUUGCCGACCAUGUCCUGCAGGCACUUACCAGGUGUCAGGCGCGUCGCUGUCCUGCGACGCUUGCCCAUAUGGAGAGUACCAAGAUGAGAUUGGCAGCAUUUCAUGCAAACGUUGUGGCUUUGGAGUGUACCAGAAUGCCACGGGCCAAAGUAGCUGCAUUCCGUGCCCUGUGGGGACCACAACACUUGGGUUUCUUGCGCAGUCCAUCAACGAUUGUGGAUGCAAAGCAGACACCAUCAACAUUCUUCCUGCAGCCUCCAGUAACUUCGAGUGUCAAGGAUGUGGGGAAGGGCUUCAUUGCCCCUUCAGCAGCAGCGUGGACAGCUUGACGCAAGGCGAGGCUCUCCUUGGAGAGGACUAUGUCCCUCAAGUGCUGGAAGGCUAUGUGUCAAGUCUGGACGAGCCCUUGGAGAUCUUCAAGUGUCAACCUGCCAGCUUCUGUUCGGGUGGAAAGCCAGGAGCAUGUGCUGGUGGGCUCUCCGGCAUGCCCUGUGCUUCUUGCGACGCGGGGAAGGCUUGGAGUGGCACCAAGUGUGAGGAGUGCGGUGCAAAUGUGGUUCUAUGGGCAGUGGGCACACCCGUAGCCGCCGCUGGUCUCAUUGGUGCAUACUAUUUUGUGAACUCGGACAUCAUGGCCAAGGCUACUGCCUUCCAGGCUUGCCUCAUGGCUGCGGGUAUCACUGUGAACGCCUGUCAAAGCAUAGCUAUCUUCGGCAUGAUGACGGUGCAAUGGACUCCCAACUUUGAAAGCACGAGUUCCAGCCUCAGCGCUUUCGUUCUGGAUGUUGAGAUCUUGGGCGUUGCUUGCGUGACGGGGCCCAGCAACUUCCUCCGCUUCCUCAGCAGCGCCUCCGCGUUUCCGGUCGCCUCAUUGGUGUUGGUGGCUUGCUGGGCCGUCACCAAAAGCUGGAGCAAGAUCUGCAAAUGCAAGAAGCUUCAGGUCACACCGUGGAGGUUUUACAAAACGGCCAACACCGUGGGCGUCUUCCUUCAGGUUGGCUUCAGUGCUCUCGGGGCAUUGGCCUUGCAGCCUCUCAUGUGCUACCACCACCCCAACGACCAAUACAGCCUCUUGAAGUACCCGGACACCUUCUGCGGAAGCGAUGAACAUGGAGCGAUGCUGGGUGUUGGAAUUGCCAUGCUGACGGUGUAUGUGGUGGGCUUCUUCGUGUAUUGCUGCUUUGGAGCCUGGAAGUUACCUUCCUGGAGCUCCAACGAUCGCAGCGAGUUGGUGAAAGCCUUCCUCUUUUUGAUCGGCAAGUUCCGCUUGGAUGUUUGGUGGUUUGGGCUGCUCUUGCUGAUUCGCGGCUUGGGUUUCAGCUUGGCCAUUGUGCUCGCAACGGACUCGCCACAAUUGCAGGUGGCAUCGCCAGCAUCCUCACGUCCUUCUACCUCUUCGUCCUGA